AUGGCGCCCAACACGACCCUCAUCUUUAACCCAAAUGACACGUCAAACAUCACGGAGCACCUCGUUUCAGGAUUCACGCCGUUCGAAACCGCCAUCAUCACCAUCAUGCUGGUUAUAAUCAUUAUAGGUACCAUCGUGGGCAACAUCUUGGUGUGCGUGGCGGUGUGCCUGGUGAGAAAGCUGCGCAGGCCGUGCAACUACCUGUUGGUGAGCCUGGCGAUCAGCGACCUGUGCGUCGCCAUCCUGGUGAUGCCGAUGGCGAUGUUCUACGAGAUCAACGGCAAGUGGAUCUUCGGCGAGAUCGUGUGCAACAUCUGGGUGAGCUGCGACGUGCUCAGCUGCACCGCCUCCAUCUUGAACUUGUGCAUGAUCAGCGUCGAUCGCUAUUACGCCAUCACGAAGCCGCUCGAGUACGGCGUGAAACGGACUCCCAAGCGCAUGAUAAUCUGGGUGAUUUUGGUGUGGUUCUUCGCCGCGUGCAUCAGCCUGCCGCCGCUGCUGAUCCUCGGCAACGAGCACUCAGAGGAGGAGGAGAACGGGAAGAUGAACAACGAUGUGUGCAUUGUUUCGCAGCACAUUGGCUAUCAGCUCUAUGCCACCAUGUGCAGUUUUUAUUUUCCACUUACAGUAAUGAUGCUGGUGUACUAUAAAAUAUUUAGGGCGGCCCGCAGGAUAGUAAUGGAGGAGAAGCGGGCGCAGAGUCACCUGGAGACGCCGUGUUACCUGGAAAUUAGCGUCAAAAAUGGCGGCGGACCGCCGGAAAAUAAGAUCUCCAGUCAGACCCCCUCGCCGGCUAACCCCACCAAGGUCAAUCAUAGAACAAGUUCAGCAAGCACAAAUACAAUGUGUAGCCUGGACCGAACAAGUCUGGGUCGCUGCUUCAAGUCCCGGCACAGCAACGAGUCGCAGUGCCCCAUGCUGGGCUCAAAGCCGCCCUUGAUGCAGGCGAACAAAAACGACAAGCGAAACAAGUCGAACCUGCUCAAAAUCAAAACGUCGCCCAGCCAGCACGCCAACCACAAGAAGCUCCGGUUUCAGCUGGCGAAAGAGCGAAAGGCCAGCACCACGUUGGGCAUCAUCAUGAGCGCCUUCACCAUUUGCUGGCUGCCCUUUUUCGUGCUGGCCCUCAUCAGGCCCUUCCUCGAGGUCACGAACGCCCUCAAGACACUGGGCAGCGUGUUUUUGUGGCUGGGCUACGCCAACAGCUUGCUGAACCCGAUCAUUUACGCGACGUUGAACAGAGACUUUCGGAAACCUUUCCAGGCCAUUUUGUACUUCCGUUGCAGCAGCCUUAAUCACAUGAUGCGAGAGGAGUUCUAUCAUAGUCAAUACGGUGAUCCUGAUCACCACAUAACUAACAGGUGUCAUGUCGACUACGAUGAAGGUAGGUCCUCAUCUGUGUCGAGUACAUCGAGGCAGAAGGCGAAGAGAUAAAAGUUCCUCACGACGCCGCUCACGAAUCGUUUCUAUGAUUCUCGAUCGAACAGACAUAAUGUAAAAAACAUUCUAAGACUUUACUAUUUAAGAUACAGAUUGUAUUAAUUCGGAGCACGAACUGGUGGCUUCGCCAGUGUUAAAGCCAAACAUUGUUUUAACGCGUGGAAAAGUGAUUCUUUAUUUUUUUAUACUAUCGAUCCUCAUUUUGUCGCCCUUUUUAUGAAGUUUCUGCAGGAGGAUUAUUGGAUUCUACGCCACUUAGUUGUUAAGUUAAGCUCAGCAAAAAUUGUGUUUUACCAAAGACCACUUCUACCGAGAUCUGUAAGAGAUCGUGAGGCCCCGCAACGCAUGUACUUCACAUACUACAGCAUGUUGCUUUUAGUUUAACCCAUUAGUAAAAAAAAUUAUAAAUAUUGUAUACAAUGUAUUAAAG